AUCCCUUCAGCGUUGAAGACGCACGAAGAUUUUCAAUCUAGAACAUUACUCCGCGCUGAACUUGUAUUCUGCUCAACAAUGAAGCCAUUCAUCGCCAUACUGCUUGCUCUAGUAGCAGUAGUUAGUAGCAGACCAGAACCUCCUGUGAGUAAUUAUUUGCCACCAUCUUAUUCCACAACUCAGCAGGACUCUUUCGCACCUCCGCCUAGCAGUCCUUCAAACACCUACGGAGCUCCUUCUGCUCUGUCAAACACUUACGGAGCCCCUUCUGCUCUAUCAAACACUUACGGAGCUCCUUCUGCUCUGUCAAACACUUACGGAGCCCCUUCUGCUCUAUCAAACACUUACGGAGCUCCUUCUGCUCUGUCAAACACUUACGGAGCUCCUUCUGCUCUGUCAAACACUUACGGAGCUCCUUCUGCUCUGUCAAACACUUACGGAGCCCCUUCUGCUCUAUCAAACACUUACGGAGCUCCUUCUGCUCUGUCAAACACUUACGGAGCUCCUUCUGCUCUGUCAAACACUUACGGAGCUCCUUCUGCUCUGUCAAACACUUACGGAGCUCCUUCUGCUCCUUCGAACACUUACGGAGCCCCUUCUACUCCUGGUAGUGGAUCAGGAUCCAGAUCAUCAUUCAGCUCUCACAGUUCUGGAGGCAGCAAGACCAGGUUCGGUGCUAGUGCUCAGACCUCAGCAAUUUUCACUCCAUCAUCUACGUAUGGUGCUCCAUCUUCAACCUACGGAGCCCCUGUAUCCGGAGGAUAUCCUGCUUCAAAGUACGAUAAAUCCCAGGAUGAUCUCAGCGAGCCAGCAAAGUACGAAUUCUCAUACCAAGUACAGGAUGCGCACUCUGGCAAUGAUUUCGGUCACCACGAAGGACGCGAUGGCGACGUUGCGUGGGGAUCUUACGAGGUCCUGCUGCCUGACGGGAGGAAGCAGGUCGUGGACUACCAAGCCGACCAGAACGGCUUCAACCCUCAGAUCCGAUAUGAACAAAUCGGGUAUGCAGCUCCUAGUGGCGCUGGUGGACCAUACUGAAUAUAAUUAGCCCACACAGUGUUAAAUAUCACUAUACCGAUCAAUGCAACUGUCUUACGACCGUUUCGCGUAAAUACGCGUGUUACCAACGCGACUGCACGAGGCCAUUUCAUACAAAAAUGUAUUUCCUUUGAUGUGAGAUUCUAACCUACCGCCCGCAGUUUCAAUUCUAGGACCGUAUUAGAUGCUGAUAUUUUGCAUAUAAGAGUGAUCAAUAUUAUCUCUAAAUCAUCCGGUUGCAAACAAAUAACUUCAUAUUAUUUAUAGACUUAUUUGACUUAUUUCUCAUUGACAUGUAAUCGUUCCUUCUACAGUCUGACGACUUGUUAUUUUCUAUGUACCGAAUAAGUAAUUUUUUGCACUUACUUACCUCCUGUUUACGAAAUAAAUUACUUAUUCCAAUAUCCGACUUAAUACAAAUUCAUGCCUUGUUCUAUUUAAAGAUAUCAAUAGAAGGUAGACUAACUAUUUAGCACAACAGAGUUUUCUUUAUGUAAGUGUACACAUAUGCAUGAAUGAAAAAUGAAAUCAAUGCUAUGUACAGAAAACGAAAGUAUGUUCUUUUCAAUAUCUUAUUAACGUUUUAUAUUCAUAUCUGGCUUAUGGCAAACAUGAAAGCUGCAACAUGUUAUGUCACAUCAUUUUCCCUCAGUAAAUAUUAUUUUAUUGAAACAGACGUGAACUUAGUCCAUAAUACAGAUGGAACUACAAAAGAAAAAUAUGUGUCACAUUUAACAUAUUUCUAUGUAAGUAUAUGCUUAUCUGGCCAGUAAAGGUAUCUUAAAUAUGUGUAAUUUGUUUACUUACAUCCUACAGUGUGUUUAUAUCUACAUGUAUAUACAACCCUUUAUAGGUACAUUUUGUAAUAAAACAUGCAGGAAUAUAAUGUA